AGUUAAUGACACGUGGCUACUUAUUAAAUAUUUUAAUUAACUGAUCUUUAGGUAACAAAAGGUUCUCAAUUUAGGUACUAAAAGAGCUUUCACCAGCGCCCAACUAUGGUCCUCCUAGCAGCUGCAAUAUGCACCAAGCAAGGGAAAGCUCUUAUAUCAAGACAGUUUGUGGAGAUGACUCGUUCACGUAUUGAAGGUCUCUUGGCUUCCUUUCCUAAGCUAAUGAACUCUGGUCACCAACACACCUUUGUGGAGACGGAGAGUGUCCGCUAUGUCUACCAGCCCCUGGAGCAGCUCUAUAUGCUCUUGAUAACGACUACCACUAGCAACAUACUCGAGGACCUGGAGACACUCCGCCUCUUCUCUAGAGUGAUUCCUGAAUACUGUCAGUCUCUUGAUGAAAGAGAUGUCACUGAGAAUUCUUUUGAUCUUAUUUUCGCUUUUGACGAGAUCGUUGCCCUUGGUUACCGCGAGUCCGUUAAUCUUGCCCAAAUAAGGACAUUUACAGAAAUGGACAGUCACGAGGAGCGAGUCUUUGAAGCAAUGAGGAAGACUCAAGAGCGAGAAGCUAAGGAAGAGAUGAAGAGGCGGGCUAAGGAGCUCCAACAAGCUAAAAGAGAUGCCAAGAGGUUUGGCGGUGGGAUCGGGUCAGCUGGUAAAUACGGAGGAGGGUUUGGCUCAUCAGGGGGUGGGUAUGGAGGGGGCGGGGCCUAUCAACCAGUCGCUGAGACUUCACUGGAACCAACUUCCAAACCAACUUAUUCACAAACAAGUAGGUCAGCAGGUGGGAUGAAGCUGGGAAAGAAAACAAAAGAUGCCGACAGUUUUGUGGAUAAAUUAGUCGCUGAAGGAGAAAGGAUAGUUAGUGCCAAGCAUAAACCAGCUCCAGCUGCCACUAAAGGAGGACCACCAGUACAGCAAUCACUUGUUCAUCUGAAAGUGAGUGAGAGACUCACUGUUGCAGCUGGCAGAGAUGGAGGACUUCAAAAUAUGGAAAUACUUGGUAUGAUAACUCUAAAGAUAUCGGAUGGAGAGUAUGGACGCAUUAACAUCGGAAUAAAACAUGAUGAGGAGCAGAGAGGGGUUCAGUUUCAGACUCAUCCCAAUGUUGACAAGAGGUUAUUUCAAGAUAAGAGUCUCAUCGCUUUGAAAGGAGAAGGAAAGAGUUUUCCAACUGGUCAGGAUAUCGGAGUCUUAAAAUGGCGACUGCAGACAACAGAUGAUUCACUGCUGCCUUUAUUUAUUAAUUGUUGGCCCUCGGAGAAUGCUGGAUCUUGUGAUGUUAAUGUUGAGUAUGAGCUCCUUCACGACUACCUCCAGUUGAACGAAGUUGUCAUCUCCAUCCCAAUACCGAGUGGUGGUGGGUCUCCAGUGGUCGGGGAGAUUGAUGGAGAGUAUCAUUACGACACUAGGAAGCAUCUGCUAGACUGGUGCAUACCUGUCAUUGAUUCCAGUACCAAGUCUGGAAGUUUGGAAUUCUCAGUCCCUGGCCAUCCUGAUGACUUCUUUCCCAUUAAGAUCAACUUUGGAUCUUCAAGCCUCUACUGUCAUAUUGAGGUCAUUAAUAUCCAGUUAGCUGACUCCAAUAAACCCGUUAAUUUUUCAUCUGAUGUCUCGUUCACUCCUGAGAAGUUUGAAAUUGUUUAAGUUGACACAAUGAUACUAGUUUAUACUGUCUUUCUCUUACUCUCUUGUUCUGAGACAAAAUAAGAGUCACUCAUUAAACUUUUACUCAAUACUAUUGUUGUUAUUAUUAUUAUUAUUAUUAUUAUUAUUAUUAUUAUUAUUGAGUGUACAAUACCUUUUGAAUGUAUAAAAAUUUUUGAAAAGUUUCUUUAAAAACUUGUCAUCAA